UCCAGAGGAAAAGAUACCAAAGUUUGGCUUUUCCACUUUAAUCACUUCCCGAGAUUUAUGAAAGGGAAAGAGAAGGGCAUGGUCCACGGACUUGAUUUGUGUUACUGGUUUGAUUUCUCUGUGGAAGAGAUGGAGAAAUUUCUCAGACAAGGACUUGAUGUUACUAUAGGAAUUGGUGACGAAGAUUUAGAUCUCAAGUCACGUCUUUCUGCGUU